CAUUUCUUUUCAACGAGUUCUGCCCUGAAUUAAAUUAAUCGUUCCUUUUACUAGAAUGCCGCGUCACAGGACACUGGUGACCAUUGGUCACCGCAUUAUGAAGCGCUUCCGGCAGUUGGAUCUCAAGGUUGACGAGGAGUUCGUCACCUUCGCGGUUCACCUGCUGGCCAGGGAUCAGCGAAGAGGUCUGCUUAAAUACGACCUGAACAAACCCACCGCCUGUGCCAUUGACUCUUUUGUGAACACAAUUGUGGAUAGCUAUGUGAAUUCAAAGGAUUGUACCAUGGCCAACAUGAAGAUGGCGUGGGUGAUGAAGAAAGGAGUGACCAUAGAUCUGGAGUAUGUCAAAAAGCAGUACGAGGAAAAGUUCGAAACGGAACUGCAGCUGCUCAUCAAAGACAUUCUCCAGUACCCAGAGACCUGCAGUAAGGUGCAACUGGACCAGCUGUUCGCCAAGAUGCAGGUCUUCAUUGUGGCCUGCUACAAUCUGGGCUCGCCCAAGAACCAUGUGCUGCUCAAGCUUACGGCCCAGGCUCUGAACAGCGUUAUCGGACGCAGUGAUUUGCAGAAUUAUGUCCUAAAGAAGAAGUACCAUCGGCUGGAGUAUCUUCAGCGAUUGGCGGCCACGGUGGGCGGCAUAGUUAUCUAUAAUAAUGAUGGACCCGAUGGAGAUAGGGAGAAUGUCAGAAAAGUGGUUGACGAUCUGCAAAUGGCUCAAAAGAACACGGAGGCGGCCUUCAGAAGCAGUUUGGAAAGGGCCGUCAAGAUGCAAUCCUUCUGCCAGGCGGCCCUCGAUGAUCUCAUUCAUAUUGAUCACAAGGACGAAACGUUGACCUACCGAGUGCCCCUCGAGCACCUGGAUCGUCUGAACCAGUUCUCGGUGACCUACUUUAUGCUGCACCGCUGCCUGACCACUCUGAGCGAGCAUUACCAGAGCACAGUCUAUCUGAUUGAAGUGGAGCAGAAGCGCUACAACUGCGUGGUGGCCAAGAUUAACGAUACCCUGGCCAUGCGCACCGCCAUUGAUUCGGAGCUGGUCUUUCCGCACUUUGUGUACAUCUCACAGGUGUGGGCCAAUCUAAACCACUUCCUGAACCACAUUGUCGAGUUGAACAAGCUGCGGGAGAAGUUGGAGGCGUUGGUGGUCGACGACUUGAUGACCCUCGCCAAGGAAACGGUGACCGAGCUGCAGGCCCUGAAUAAGCGCAUAAAGAACCCCAAGGUCUGCUCCUUCGAGGAACGCAUGGAUGCGGUGAAGAACCUGCAGACCGAUGGCAACUUUUGCAAUCUAAGCAAGGCGGACAUUAAGGAGUUUUGCUCCCUGGCCAUGACCAUAACGAAUGGCCUGCUUAUGCCGGCCCAAGUGACCAGGAAGCUUUGCUCCAAUGUGAACAUUACUUUCGGCUUUCGGGACCCAAGAUACGCUCGCUUCGCAGAGCUCCGCUUUGAGCCCUUUAUAGCCGCCUUUAGGAAAGUGGUCUUUAACAGUGCCAAUCUUGCGCUGCUCUUCAAGUUGGACGAUGCGCUGAUAGCGAUGGAGCUGCAAGAUCUCAUAGUUGAGCCGCCAAAGCAAAGGGAUUUUGAGUGUCAAACGGAAAUGGUUGUGACCAACGAUCUGUCGCCAGCCAACUGGAUAAACGUGACAUGGAAUGCGUGGGACUAUCACAGGGAGACCAUCCACUUGGCCAACAUCCGUAAGCGGCAGACCAACGACACGCAGACAAAGAUCAGCUACGGACAGCGCAACGCCCAGAACCAAACGUACAACACGCGGCAACACAUGGGAUGAGGUCAAGGAUCAACACUCACCA